CUAAGUAUAUAAGUUUGACGACGAUCAUAAAUUUUGAAGUGUGAAAUGGGUGACCCUAUAGUAACCCUAGACCAAGGAACCCUUCGUGGUUCCACCUCCACAAACCUUCGUGGACAAGUUUUCUUCAAGUUUCAAGGGAUUCCGUACGCCAAAGCACCUCUGGGUCAGCUAAGAUUCAAGGCACCUGUACCCCCGGAACCUUGGACCGGGGUCCUCGAUGCCACUAAAGAGGGACAAAUUUCUUACCAAAGAGUCCCUUUCCAAAAAGGAAUGGUCUGCGGGGGAGAAAACUGCCUGUUUUUGAACGUUUUUACAAAAAAAGUACCCACAGAUGACCCAAAUCCACCUUUACGACCCGUGAUGUUUUGGGUUCAUGGUGGUUUGUUCAUUUCGGGUUCAGGCAAUGAAGACUUGUACGGACCUGAAUUUCUAAUGACUGAAGAUGUAGUACUGGUCACUAUCAACUACCGUCUAGGCAUUUUGGGUUUUGUCAGCUUCGAAGACCCCUCUUUGGAAGUACCAGGAAACGCAGGUUUCAAAGACCAAGUCAUGGCUUUGCAAUGGGUCCAAACCAACAUUAGCAAGUUUGGCGGCGACCCCAACAACGUGACCGUUUUUGGCGAGAGUGCGGGUGCUAUUUCGGUUCAUCUUCUGGUACUGUCACCCAUGACCAAGGGUCUGUUCCAUAAAGCGAUAGCGCAGAGUGGGUAUGCUUUAAACGCAAGUGCGCGUAGAGGUUGUACCCUUUUGGCGAAAACCAUGGGGCUUGAAGGGGUCGACGACAAAAUAAUCUAUGACACUUUGAUGCAAAAGCAAGUGGACGAAAUUUUUGAAAUUCAAGAAAGAAUUCUAAAAGAGAUGGUACCUUGUCAACGUCGACUUUUUAGCUACGUGGUUGAGAAAAACUCGUCGAACCCGUUUUUGGACGAAGAACCCAUAACUCUUAUGAAGACGGGAAGGUUCAAUCAAGUACCUUUCAUGCUUGGGUUUACGUCAGGGGAAGGAAUGCUUUUUGACAUGUUUUCACGAACCAUCAGCGACUUUGAAAGUGUCGUACCUUGGUACUUUGGAUAUGAACCUGGACACCCGGACGUUAAAGUUGUGGCUAAUCAAAUUAAGAAGUUUUAUUUCGGGGAUGAGGAUAUUUCUCCGACGACUAAAGCCCAAAAAUACGACAUGCUUUCUGAUGCCCACUUUAUAUUUGGACUGUAUACGACCAUUUUGAGUCAAUAUUCCAAUUCGAAAGCCCCAACAUACUUGUUUAGAAUGUCUGUAGAAAGCCGACUAAACUUUCUCAAAAAUAUUUUGAAAAUUGAAGUACCAGGAGCUUGCCAUCUUGACGAUGUUGGUUAUUUGUUUAAGAACUUUAGUACCCCGAAGAUAGAACCCGAUUCUCUUGAAGACAUUUCCAUCAGUAGAUUUGUCAAACUAUGGACCAAUUUUGCCAAAUUCGGAAACCCAACUCCCGAUGAAAACGAUACUUUGUUGAAGACUGUCUGGAAACCCGUCACUAAUGACAAUCUCGAUUUCUUAGAUAUCGGUAGAUUUUUGGUGGCUAGGAGAAACCCUUAUAGCGACAGAAUAAAAUUUUGGAAGCAACUUUUCGCUGAAAGUCCUACUGGUCGAAAAACGCUAACCCCCCCUAGUAGAACAAACAUGGCUGGCCCUGAAGUAACCUUAACCCAAGGUACGCUCCGCGGUACCACCUCGAGAGACAUCCGCGGAAACCCUUUUUUUAAAUUCCAAGGAAUUCCGUACGCCAAGCCACCACUAGGCGAUCUACGAUUCAAGGCACCCGUACCCCCUGAACCCUGGACCGGAAUUCUUGACGCGUCUAAAGAAGGCCACGUUUCUUACCACAAAGACCUCCUCAGAAACAAUACAAUCUUCGGAGCCGAAGACUGCCUAUUAUUGAACGUUUACACCAAAAAACUUCCAAGCAACGACAAUAAAAUUUUGCGUCCGGUACUAUUCUGGAUUCAUGGAGGCGGCUUUUUCUAUGGUUCUGGCAGCGAACAACUCUACGGUCCCGAUUUUCUGAUAACCGAAGACGUAGUAAUCGUCACAAUCAAUUAUCGUCUGGGGAUUUUAGGUUUCGUCAGCUUCGAAGACCCCUCUUUGGAAGUACCCGGAAACGCAGGCCUUAAAGACCAAGUACUGGCCUUGAAAUGGGUGCAAAAAAACAUUAGCAAGUUCGGGGGGGACCCCAACAACGUAACCAUUUUUGGUGAAAGCGCAGGUGGUGCGUCCGUCCAUCUUCUGGUACUAUCGCCCAUGGCAGACGGUCUUUUCCACAAGGCGAUCGCGCAAAGUGGGUGCGCGCUGAACCCAUGGGCUCGGGGUACCACAGGUUGUAAAUUUUUAGCCCCGGCUUUGGGGCUGGAAGGGGCUGACGAAAGAACCAUUUACGAGGCUUUAAAGACAAAAACGUUGGAGGAGAUUGGUCAAAUACAAGAUAUAAUCAUAAAAGAGUUCGUACCCAAUGAACCUAGAGCUUUGGGUUUCGUGGUUGAAACAAAUUCCGCACGAGCUUUUUUGGAAGAGGAGCCUUUAACUCUUAUGUUGACUGGUAGAUUUAAGCAAGUACCUUUUAUGACAGGGUACACAAGUGGUGAAGGUAUGAUUUUCGAGAUUCUACCAAGAGAAAUUGUGGAUUUCCAAGAUGUAGUACCUUGGUCGUUCGAAUAUCGGCGUGAUGCGCCCGAAACGAAGAUCAUUGCAGAUAAAAUUAAGAAAUUGUACUUCGGUGACGACACUCCUUCGAAAAAUAUUAGCAAAAAAUAUGAUCUGGUGUCCGACAGUCAAAUCAUCCACGGUCUGUACGUCACUGUGUUAACCCAGUACCCACUUUCUAAAGCCCCCAUCUACUUCUAUAGAAUGACGGUUGAAACGGAACUCAAUUUCAUGAAAAAACUUUUGAAGAUUGAAGUACCGGGGGUUUCGCAUCUGGACGACAUUGGUUACUUGUUUAGCCAUUUUGCCACCCCAGAAAUCAAACCUGGAAGCGUUGAAGACCUAAGUCUCAGUAGGUUUGUUAGGUUGUGGACCAAUUUCGCCAAAUUUGGAAAUCCUACUCCUGAUAACAGGGAUCGACUUUUGAAAACUCUCUGGAAACCUGUUACAACUGCAAAUGUUGAUUUUUUGGACAUCGGUAAAGAACUGGUUGUUUUGGACAAUCCAGACUCCGAAAGAAUGAAAUUUUGGAAGCAGUUGUUCGACGAAAGUCCAGCUGGACAAAAAGCCAAGGUUUUAGCUUAAAGGUCAUAAAUAUACAUGUUUCUCUGA